GGAAGCCACCGUUCCCUUCGGAGGAGUGCAGUAAAAAAAAACUCUAGAUUGAAAACUCGUCCCAUAAAUUGAUAUUUUGUUCGCUAGAAUGACGCGCGUGUCUUCGGUGGGAUCCAAGUGAAAACGAAGUAAAGCAGUGGUAUGAGAACCCGAUUUAAGUAGUGAAGCAACGAAUCUUACAGUGAGUAGGGAAAUGAAAUUCGCUAAGCGAUAGAAGUGCGACGCAUAUUUUUCCUCCGACAAUGUGAAUCUUCGGCUGUAAGUCGCCUUUCCGGCUGGUACAAAUCUGUUUAUCUUCUCAAAACAAGUAACCACCUUCAAGUGCUACAACUGUUACCACAAUAGCUCGAAGGAGACCCUCGCUUCGCAACUGCUUCUGCUACGCUACAACAAGCGCCACCACCAACAUUCGUGCCAAACGCUACAGCUACCAUCAGCAUUACCAACACGGUGCCAGCCCGACGAAGGUGUCCUUCAAAGAAACUUCCAGCCUCUACCAGCUCGAAAUGGAAUCCGUUGGGCACGUCACGGUGCCGCUACGGGUCGGCGGCAAAAAGAUGCGCAAACGGCGCGAACUGGACGCGCUCGUUGCGCACUCGCUUGCUAAAAGUUCAGGAAAACGACACAUUGCUGGAAACGGAAUCGCCUCGCAUGAUCAGCUACUAUCUAACUCAACUGACGAUCAGGAAGACUAUUCAUGGCCCAAGAUACGAACCCAGUCCCGAUGUCGCAGGAAGCGUUUCUCCUGCGUACGCACCUGCGGUCCCCUUAUUCUGGUCUCCUGUAUCUUCCUGUCGCUCGGGUUCAUGUACUGGCUGUACUUUGACAUCCGGCAGCAGGUCGCCGAGUACCGGAUCCGCAUCGAGCAAGUGUCUGCCACUAGUCAAAACGUGCCGGAAGCCUUACAAAAAUGGCACGAAACGUCGAAAAACCUCGAGCAGAACCAAACAGCGCUGAACGGAAAAUUACGCGAGAUUCAACAAGUGCUGAGCAAUUUCUCCACAGAGCUCAAACAGCUCCGGGAUACGAUAGAGAAAAAGAAAGAAAACUCCCAAGAAGCACAGCUCAACAGUCUGAAGUCGAGCGUGGCAGGAUUGGGAUCUAAGAUUGAGGACGCCCUCACAAGGAUAGUGGCCCUCGAGGACCAGCGUACGAAGGAUCAGGGCGAACAGAAAACGCUACGGCAGAGUGUCGAUGAUUUACAGGUUCUGCUCAACAAGGUGCGUAACAAUUCAUCCCCGGCGUCGAUGGACAACACGCUGAACAAUGCCACGGAGCAAACGAUCGCCAACAUUCGGGAGCAGUUGUCGGCCCAGAUCGAAAACAUGUCGCAGAACUUCACUGGCGAACUGCAGGCCCUGCAGCAGAAAAACAUUUGGCUGGGUAGGGAUGUAAGCAAACACGAAAAGAGCAUCAGUGAGUUGAUCGAUAACUCCGCCAAUGUUUCUUCGCACGUGAAAUCCGUGGAGAACAUCUGGGUUGAUAUGAAGGCGAAUCUGACUAGUUUGGAGGUCAGCGCGAAACAAAUGAGCGAGCAGAUCGAUGCACUGCAGAACGCUACCAGCGGGUUUAAGACCAGCUUGGGAACGGUUCGCGAUCAGUGUGAUCAAUACGGUGAACAAAACAAUGUGAUAAACGGCGAAAUUGAAGCCAUCAAAAAGCGACUGGAGGAAGCGGAACGACGUCAAGUGGCACCGACUGCAUCAAGCGGUUCCCUGAACUCUACAAACGCUGACAAGGACACCAUUUCGAAGCUGCACCAAUUGUUCGACAGUUCACCGACUCAGUCAACGUCGCAGACGGCGGGCAGCGAAUCGGAGCCGAAGCAACCGAUAGCGCCUACAAGUCGACAACCGGCGACGAUAGCGGUGCCAUCCAGCGGUGUUAGCAGCAGCAGCGGUAGCAGCACAAUCACCACCACCACCACUACCGCCACUGCACCAGCUGCCAGUCCCAGUGCGAACGUUGGUGGUGGUGGAAUGAUGUGAACACGAGGUUAGACCGGUUAGACAAAUAAUCACAAUUACGCAGGAGUGUGGGUUUGACGCCACCGAGUCGUGACAGUUUUGCCAAUUUUUAGCUCUUUCCACAAUAAAACGGUGCAGUCGAGGAUGAGAAUUGUUUUUCAACUGUUGAAGGAGUCGAUAUGACUAAUGAGUUCCAUAAAAUGGCAUUUGUGUGUGUUGAGGUUAUUUGUUAGGAAAUGUGUUGAAUCAACGAAUUUACAAUUUCAUCGGAGGAUCGGAGAGCCAAGCAUCGGCCGAACGAUGAACCUGAGAUGUUCUUGUCCUAGAAAAUUGUUUAGGGUUUCUGUGAAAAUCCUACUCACCCCGUUUUCGAACUUCGCAGUGUCGAUGAUGAAAACAAACUAUCUUUAUAGUUGACCAUCGAAUUUGAUGACUGUGAGUAUAUCAAUGGCACGGGCAUGGAAAGGCAAUCGAAGUCAACUCGAUGAUAAUUACACCGCGAUAGCCAGCAGAACUAUGACUUCGGCCAUCAGCGAAUAGCGGGUAGCCGGCAGGGUGAGAAAUGUGGUCGUCCAUGUAGUUCAGUGGUUCUCAACCUGGGGUACAGUACCCCUGGGAGUACCUUCGCCGGGCCCAGGGGGUACAUUGGACAAAAAUGCGUAAUGGCGGAUGAAUAACAUUUUUAAUCGAAACUUAUCGAUAAACUUUUUAUAAUUGUGUAAUGUUUUUAAUUUAUUAAACACUAGUCGACCCGGCAGACGUUGUCCUGCAUAGUAGGCGAAAAUGCGUGCUGUGAAGUGCCCAUGCAAAAUUUCCAUACGAUACUUAAUUUUAGUUUUUCAUUGUUUAGUCAACUUUACCCGUGAUUUUAGCAUGAGGAAAUAUUAUAUAAACCCGUCGGAAAGGAUUACGAACAUAUUUGCUGGAGAAAUAUAGAAAAUCUAGCCAGCCGUUUUUGAGUUAUGCGGAUACGAACACAGACCAUUUCAUUUUUAUAUAUAAGAUUGUUUGCAAAUCAAGGCAUAUUGAAUCCUACUCUUCACAACCAGCACAGUGCAUGAAGGGCUGUGGGACAAAAGGACAAAACGUCUAAUAAACUAAUUUUAAAAAUCUCCUGUGCAAUCUACUUGAUUCAAACAAACUACUGAAUAAUAUGUUAAAAAUACGCUUCCGAACUAUAAUCUAGAGUCUACAGGUUCGGAAGCCUCCGUUGGCGAGGCAUGAACGCUUUUUUCCGGAAAGCUCAGUUGCUUCGUUGCAAGAGUAUUGGCAGCAUCCUUCAACGCUUCUCGGAGGACUCCUUUCAAGGGGCUCGGAGGCUCAAAAGGCUCGGAAUCCUCCUUUCAAGAGGUCUGGAAGCCUCCUUUUCAGAGGCCCUGAAGCUUAUUUUCAAGAGACCGAAAACCUUCUUUCAAGAUGUUCGGAAACCUUCUUUCAAGAGGCCCAGAAGUCUCUUUUGUGCUUUUUUCUUCAAACUUUCUUUCUUUUUCUUUAUUUAAAAGGCUCGGAAGGCUCCUUUCCAGAGGCUCGGAUGCCUCCUUUCAAGAGGCUCGGAUGCCUCCAGUUAAUAAAUCUACCUAAGGUUCUACUAAAAAAAAUAUUUUAUUGGAGCUUGCUCCUUCUUUAUUGACGGUUCACUUAAGACUAAUUUACAAUUCUGCUUAUAGCUAAAAGGAAGGUUCCUGAUGGGAACUUAUGAGAGGGAUCAAUCGGAUGUUUAUGUUUAUGCUGAUAAUGUUGAGUCUGCUUUUGGGUGGUCCGUUGCAGUUCUGAGUUUUGGCAAUCUAUAUGGUUUCCGAGAAAGUGCUGACUAUGACGUAAACAAAGAGAUAGCUGUCGCAUGGUGUGAACGUGGGAUUUGGCUGAUAAGGCGGUUGUGGCGUAAGCGGGUCGCGCCGUCGCUAACUCCUGUUGAAAAAUAAUUGAAGUUCUUUUUUUCUAGUUUCAGAUAGUUCUUUUUCCUCUUCAACAGGUGGCUUGGUCUCUAGCGUUUCUGACGAUAUUGUAGGUUCAAUAUUUUCCAUUAUGAUGCUUUCCGCAUGUUUGUCGAAUAUUACCUUCAUGCUUGUCUGGCGUUUCAUUCUAAAAAGAUAAUAGAAUACUGCUAUUGAGCUUAUGAUUAUAGUUACCGUUGAAAAUCCAAUUCCUCCAAAUAGGUUGAGUUUCCAGGUGAGUGAAUGAUUUUGCAGUUUCAAUGUUUCUAGUGCUGCAGGGGGAUCAUCUAUCGUGUGUAUUUCUCCUACACGUAGACCUGUAGUUGGGUAAUAUGCUCUUCCUGGUAUGGUAAUGUCGUAAUUGGAGUAAAGUUCGCCAUUGAUAUGUAAAUCACAACUAGUGAAUUGAAUUAAAUAUGAUCCAUUGAGUGGUUGACUAGAGUUGGUGCAGUUAGAAGUUACUUCUGCAAAAGCGUUGUUAAUAAGGAUUGUUCCAUCAUUUAUCCUUUUUAUAAGUCCUGUGGAGUAAACCUUUUCGAAGGUACAAUUUGAGUGUUGCCCUCGGAUUAGUUUAUGUAUGCAUUCGUUGGCAUGAUCAAGUUGCGAAUUUUCACAUAGGAAGUAAUUGUUCGAUUCUUCGCAAGGUUCUUUCAUAGCAUAAACGUAGCUGAAAUUUCUGAGUAGAAAAUUUCUGUUGAGUGAGAUGCGUUUUCCUGAUCUGAAUAUAGAAUCUACAUAGUUGUAUUCAUACAUAGUAGUAGACAACUGUGGUACUUUCAACAUGUAUAUGAUAUGUGUGUGGUUGAGCAUAACCUGUGUCUUGGCUUGUGAUAGUAAUUCUUCAAAUGAUGAUAUAUGCACGUCAUUGCUUUCUAGGAAGGCGGCAAUGGUUCUAAAAUCCUGCAUAGAUAGUAGUUUGCUACUAGGUAUUCCGUGUUUCGCCAUAAGUAUCGCUUCUUCUAAAGUCUCUACCUGUGAUUGUAGUGAGUCGAGGUUCGAAAGCACUAUCAGUUGGUUUAUUUCUAUGGAGUGGUUUUUAGCACGUUCGUUCUCGAUUCUUAAAACUUGGUUGGUGAUGUCUGUAAUCUCUUGUAUACGUUUAUCAAUAGCUUCGUUGAUGAAUAUCUGCUUAUUGUUCUGGGUAACUAGCGCGUUGAUUGCUGAGUUGAUUACUCGCAGGUCCUCGGCGUCGGGAUUUCCUGCUAACCAUUUCCAAACAGUGCCGAUUGCGUCCAAUCUUUUCUGUCUUACAACAAAUGGUUUCAGUUAUUUUUUUCUUCCGUGUUCAUCUAUUACAUGUGUUUUGUGAUUUUCUCUUAUUUUGAUUUUCUUAUAACGUGGGUCUCUUUUGUAAACACUAUUAUUUUUUUCAAAUGCAUAGCUUCCUGGUUCGUAAUCAUAAUACAUGGGGUCUGUGAUGUUAGUGUUUUUCUUUUCAUACAUUUUAAUAAUUCUAUCAAGAUUUUCUUGCUUUUGUUGUGCGAAGUCUGGUAGUAAUAAGUUAUCUAUAUUAACGCCUGUGUAAAUAUUCUUGGGUAUAUCUUUGGUUACAGAGUGUAUUGUGUUAUUGUAUUUGUGUACUGCUAGUAAAAUUUUAUCGUUCAAUGACAAAUUUGGGCUUGUAUUUCGGGAACAUCGUAUAAUUUCUCUAAUUGUUGAAUGGACUCGCUCUAUCUGUCCGUUAGUUUCAGAGUGAUGGACAGGUGUUUUAAAUAUGUUAAUUCCUAAGUUUUUGAUCUGUUGCUCUACAACGUCGGAUGUGAGGCUUGUUUCGUUGUCCAUUACAAUCAUUGCUGGUAUGUCUCAAUCAUUGCUGGUAUGUCUCAAUCAUAUAAUAAUUCUAACAGUGGUCCCUGAAUAUGUGCUAUAGAUCUUGAUUUGAUUGGUUUCAAUUUUAUGAAUUUAGAUAAUUUAUCGAUUGAUGAUAGGAAUAGUGUGGUUUGGUUAAAAACAAAUAUAUCAAGGUGUAUGAUUUCUCCUGGGUAUUGAGGUACAGGUGUUUUAACUGGUAGGAUUUGUUGUGGAUGUCUAUCAUAUUUUUCAGUUUUACAGAUUUCGCAUGUUUUUAUAAAAUCUCUAGUUUGUCUAUUAAUUCCUGGGACAUAACAAUUUCGAAUUAGUUGUGCAACGUUUUCAGUGGCGUUUCUAUGUGCAUAACUGUGAACUUCUUUGAUUUUCUUAAUUUGAUCGUUCUCGUUAUGUAUGUCUUCUACUAAUCUUUGGGAAAAUCGUGCUCGUAUCAUUCGGGGAUUAAAGGUUUCUUUAUAAAUUUCUUGGAUUAGUCCCAUUAUGGGUUCACUGGUCAUAAUUCCGUUUAUGGUAUUUGGCAAAAGAUAUUCUACAAGUUUUUGUUUAAGAAUCUCUUUGUUAAAGCUAGGUUCUGAAAAUAUAUGCCUUUUGUAUCUACCAAAAUGUAUUGAAAAUUUAUAAUCUGACUGUGGUUCUGUUCGGAAAAUUAAUUGGUUCUUGAAUGCGUUUACAGGUGUUUCGGUGGAAGGUAUAUAACACAAUUAAUUGCAUAUUAUUCGGCAACUCGGCCGUACGAAAACCAUUUUUUUGUUAAAUAUCUUGGCUGUGCAUAUGCACAGCAUAUGUUUCGAAAUGGACAAAUUGAUAUGAAAUUUGCGAAAAAGAAUCCACAUGUCUUGGAGGGACUCGAACCCUCAACCUCCUACUCUCUAGAUAGGCGUGAUAACCCCUACACAACAAGACCACUUAAAGGUCACGUUUGCGGAAAAGCCAUCAGAGUCCGAGUACCAACCUCCACCGCGGUUAGCUCUCUUUUUUGCAAAUUGAAUAUCUUUCGGAUGCUUGAUUUGUCCAAUCUCCACAUGUGCUUUACUGUUGUAUAUCCACAGUCAAGCGAGUGCACAUUGUUUAUUAAACGAGAGGAUUGCACUCCAUGCCCCCCAGUAACGGACUGGGCGGGACGGUAUAGAAUGCGAAUUCAAUCGCACUCUGUUGUGCCAAAGGCUUGCUUGGCUAAAGCAUUUGAUGAGUUUGAUUGCCUUUACGUAAGCGGUCGCGUGUACUCAGACGACUAAUUAAAAGAUAUUUAACAGGUAUAUAACAGUUGUCAUCGUUUUCGGCAGAAUUAACGGUGGGUUUUUUUUUCCUAAGCAAUGGAGGGGGAAUCUGCUCAACAGACAUCCUGGGUUGUCCAGGAAGUGCUGGGUUAGGGAUCACCUCCAAUAGCAAACGAGGGAGGCAGGACUACAUCCCCAACCCGCUAAACCGUUUCCAUUGCCGCCAAGCCCAUAGUCCCUUCGGUACAACCAGAAAGUAAUGCUUCAAAGGGGGGCCAGUGCACAACGCACCCUCGAGGUUAGCUGCGUGUCCUUGCAGCAUCGAACUUCGUGACUCACUGUUUUAGAAGAACACCAUGGUAUCGUGCCAGCGCAUUACCGGCUUUCCAGGUGGCCUUACCACGUCCUAUGUCCUCGGAAGGUGGGAAGAGUCGACUUCGCGCCUACUUCCCUCAGCACGACUGGUAUCAAGAAUGAUGAUGCCGCGUGCACCCCAAAUUGACCUUUCUGCGAUAGGGCCUAUUCGCCAGCACACAGAGAGACUUGCAGACGCGGUACCUACGCCUGCCCCAGCCUUGACGAGGACCCCUUUCCGUCCUCGGGCUCGGAACCCGCCCGGUUGACCGACGCCGCGAAAGCGACGAUACUAUGUUAUUCUUCGCGCGGCCACUUGUUCGAUAAAAGGAUCGAGUUCGACCACAGAGCAUGACCACCGGUAUGACCCAUGAAGCCGACUCCGAUCCCUUGGACCACCUCUUAUUUGCGCCUGAACUAGCCAUCCUUGAGUCACGCGCCACCUUCUGUGCAGCUCCGAGACGAUUUGGGCGAUAGCCGAUAAAACGGCGUUCCAGCCAACUUCAUCUUUACACAUCCUCCGAACUAGGUUGUUCGGGGUAGUGUCCAGACCACAUGUGGCAAGCAUGUGGUCACGCAUUGCGCGAAAACGUGAGCACACGAACAACACGUGUUCCACCGUUUCCUCUAAACCUGCGCACACCAAACACUCGGGCGAGGCCGAGCAAGCCAGCUGCGUUACCUGCACUGUGAUUUUGCAGCACGCUUAAGCGCCGGGCACAUCGAACCCCCCAAGGGGUGCUUGCUGUUCACAGCUUUGCUGGAACAAAUCAAACAAUUGGGAGGGUUCGUGCAGCAUUGUGCCUUAUGUCCCUCCAAUCCGCAGCGUCGGCAGAGAUUGCUUCUGCCAGGGCCUUUGCAGUCCCAUUGCUUGUGCCCCGGUUCCAGGCACUUGAAGCAAACUUCGGGUUGUCGGUAGCCAAACCAAUGCUACCUGCGUCCCUGCCGGACCUUUCCGUAGCCGAACGGCUGCGGUGGGCGUCUCCACUUCACACUGUCGCCGCAGUGCCGUGACGAGCUAUUCGACUUCGGUGAUCUCGUCCAGGUCUUUAACCCUUAGAUUCACCUCCGUCAUGAGUGCCCUCACCUUGACCGUCUCGCCUAGGACCUCCUCCGCCAACUUCUUGUAGGCGGCCCCCUUUUGCGAGACGCCCCGCUUCAGCUCGAGGAUCAUCUCACCCAUCCGGGUACGUCUUAUUCGACGUACGUCGGCGCCGAGUUCACCGAACUUGACGUCACUCCUCAUUGCCUUCAAGACGUCCGAGUUCUUAGCCUCGUCCGCCGUGAUGACUAGGGCAUCGCCCCUGGAGCGAUUGGCGCCUACCCUAGACUUCUUGCUACCCUCAUUCGCCUGGGCCUUCUUUUCGGCCCUUGACGUCUUCGGUUUCCUCUUGUUCUUGACCAGGGUCCAGGAGGCGUCAUCCCCCUCUAUUUCCCUGGUCUGGUGCGGCUGAGAGCUCUCAGCCUGCCGUAACCCCUUACCACCGUCUUUCCUGGGUGGACGGACCUUUCCAGGUCCUUCCUCCCCCGGUUUUGGAGGUACCUGGCCGGGGUUCAGCUUCCCAGCCCCACUACCCUUGUUCGGGGUAGUAACCCUCCGCGUUUUGGAGCGACCCCCAGGGAGCUCAUCCCCUGGAGACUGUCUCCCCCGUUUUUGUGUCUGCUCCGUUGGAGCAGUCACCCCCGACGUACCCGCAAAUACUUGAGCCUCAGUCUGGGUAGACUUUGGUACCACCGUCUUCGCUGGCACGCCUUCGGUCGAUUCGACCUUGCCCGAGUCCGCGAAUCCUUGGGCCUCAGUCUGGGUAGACCUCGACUCCACGGAUUUCACGGGUUUACACUUGGCCGUCCCGACCACCCUCUCCAGCUUGGCGUCCAGCAUCGACUUUCGAAGUUUCUGCAAGCUCCUCUUGAGGUCCUUAAUGAUAUUAUGCUUCGAUGACGUAAAGUCGAUGAUGGCGUCCAGCUGUUCCGUCGCCACCUCUAAGGCCGAAAGCCCAUCGCUUUUGCGGUUCAUCGCCUCCACAAGCCGUGGGCCGUCAAUAACCCCUACCGGCGUUUAUUUAGCCGAGAUGAAGGUUAAGUGACCCACGCUGGCGCUGCGCACUGAGCUACCGACUAUUGCCUCUGGCCUCCUAGGCGGAGACCUGAACAACCCACCUCUUGCGAAGGGGUUGUCGCCUACACUACUACCACUAUUUGAAGAAUUGACUUGGUUUUCCAUUUUGGUCCCACGAGUUGCUCGGCAUGACGCGGUAAGGGACAAUUACUGUGGAGGGUGCCCAGGUACCCCACAGGCUCCGUUAAAGGCCUAGCUUAUUAUUUCACCCCCCUGGCCAUGCAUCCCCUCGGCACGGGUCGCUUGACGCCUUGGGAUUAGGGGUUAGGGACGAUGGUACCGGUCUAACUCGCAGUGACCAUGGGGAGGGGUCGUCAAGCCCUUGGACAAAGUCCCUGCUACCCCCGAACGGUGGGGGUUAAGGAAUUAAUUAGCACUCGUGAUAAUGCAUCGGCUACAAUGUUUGAAUUACCUUUUCUAUAAAACAUUUUAUAGUUGUGUUCUUCAAUAUAGGCUGUCCAACAUUUUAGCUUGGCAUUUACGUUUUCAGGUGAGAUGGCAAAGGUUAAGGGCAUGUGAUCUGUGUAGAUGGUAAUUUUAGCUCCGUAUAUAAAAUUUCUAAAUGAUUUCAAAGACCAAACUAUUGCAAGUAACUCUUUUUCGUUAGUAGCAUAGUUCUCUUCUGUCCUGGAUAGUGAUUUGGAUAUAAAGGAUAUCGGUCUUUCUCCGUCUUGAGUUAGUUGAGAUAAAACUGCUCCUAAUGCUUUGUCAGAAGCAUCUGUUGUCAAGAUAAAAGGUUUUGUGAAGUCUGGGGAUAUUAGAACAUCAUCCGAGGAUAAAAUGUUUCUAAUUACGUUAAAAGCUUGGAUUUGUUCGUCGUCAAAAUUUAUUUUGAAGUUUUUGAAUUCGUGUUUGGAUAUACGGCGGUGGCCAUCCUCCCCUCUUAGAAGGUUUGUCAAGGGUUUUGCUAGUUUUGCGUAAUCUUUGAUAAAUCUUCUGUAAUAACCUGCGAGUCCUAGGAACAUUUGUAGUUCCUUAUGAUUUAGGUUGUGGGUAUCUUUGAAUAGCUUCUAUUUUCUUUGGGUUUGGUUUUAAACCAUUUUUGCUGACAAUGAAUCCUAAAAAUUCUACAUCGUUUUUCAAAAACUCGGACUUAUCUGGCUGGAUGCGAAAGUUCGCACUUUUCAAGGUUUUGAAUAAAAUUUUCAAGAUUUUGUAAAUGUUUCUCCAAAGUAUCUCCAAAAAUAAUAAUAUGUAUCGUCAAUAUAAACGUAGCAUAUUUUUCCAAUAUGUUCGCGAAGAACAUCGUCCAUAACACGUUGAAAUAUACCUGGGGCAUUUUUUAGUCCGAAUGGCAUGCGGACAAAUUCGUAUUUGCCAUUGUUUAUGGAAAAUGUGUUUUUUUCUAUGUCUUGCUCGGACAUUGGAACUUGAUGAAAACCUGAUGCAAGAUCCAAGGUUGAGAAGUAAUUACUUUUGCCUAAGUUUGCUAGAACAGUUGAUGUGUCUGGGAUUGGAUACUUAUCACUGAUGGUUUUGCUAUUUAGUUUCCGGUAGUCGAUAACUAUACGGUAUUUCUUCUCGUUUGAAGCGUCCAUUUUCUUCUGAACUAUCCAUAUUGGGGAAUUAUAUGGUGAUUUGGACGGUCUGAUGAUUCCAUCGUUGAGUAGUUUCGUGAUUUGUCUUUCGACUUCAUCCUUUAAUGCCUGUGGGUAAGGGUAGGGUUUGGAAUAUAUUGGGUUAUUGUCGGUUGUCCUGAUUUCUGCUUUUAUCCUUGUUGUAAAUGGUAGUUUUUCAUCGGCUGGUUGGAAUAGGUCCUGAAAUUUCAUUGAAACAUUUUUCAAUAGUCGUUUUUCAUUGUUCUUCAAACGGUCGUCUCUAACUUAAAUUUUAUUUACCUGCUGCAAUUGAUACUGUAGUAGAGGAAUAACAUGUUGUUUAUUAAUUAUAAAUUUUGCUUCAAAAGUGUCGAUCAUUGAAUUGAGUUCUUUCAAUGUAUCGUGUCCAAUAAUUGCAUCGAAUGUCUUUAAUUGAUCCAUUGGAAAAAUUUAACAUCAAUGUCUGAAUAGGGUUUGGAAAACUUUGCUUUGGAAAAUUUAAUUAUACUGCGUGACAGAUUUUGGAAAUUCAGUUCUGCAAGAUCUUCCUCGGUUGCGUAUUCUUGCGGUUCGGUGUUCCGUAGAUAUCUCUCGAAAGAUGAUUCGUUGUCGUUCUCAUACGGGAGUUGUAAAUAUUCAUCAAGUUGGAUUUCUGGAGCAUCGUCGAAUUCUUGGGGCUGUUCCAGUUGUUGGGCUUCGGUUACAAUGUUGAAUUGUCUUGGUCUUUUCCAAGGAGGUCCGGUAGGGCGAUUACCGUAAUUGACUUGCCUUGAUCUUAUCGAUGGGUCAACUUCCAUGGGAACUGGUUUAUCUAGUGGUUUGUGGAAUGGAUUUCUAGGCGAAGGAUUACCGAAUUGAUUAUUUGGGAAUGGAGGAUUCCGUGGGAAUUGCAUCGGUGGUAUGUAAUUUCGCUGUGGGAAUUGUUGAACAAAUGAUAUAGGUUUCGGAAGGUAGUUAGGGAUGAAAUUUGGUCUAAUUGGAAUGCGUGAAUUAUGUAUCGGUCUCGGUGGUAAUCUUGGUGGAUGUGGUUGAGGUAUUUGAUUGCGUGGUCCUGGAGUAGGAUCGAAAGUUUUAGGACAAUUUGAUUUUUAUUCGGAAUUCCAUAUUUUGGAACGUUAUACAAUAUGAGUAGGCGGUUGCAAGUUAAUCCACAUUUGCAUUUUUCAAAAACUUUCCUACUUCACCAUCUAGGCCUCGCACGAAUGCAUCUAUUGCCUUUCUAUUGUAAAGAGAAAGAAUGGAUUUAGCGGCUUCUGGAUGUGCGAAUUGCUCAUCCGUAGCAACACAAUUCGAAAUAAGUGAGAGAAUUUUGUUGAUUUCGUCGUAGAAAUCUUCUAGUGACCUUCCCUUCUGACUACUACUGGAAAGUUGAUAGUCUAGUGUACCUAGAUCUCUCUUCUCUCCGUAAUAGGUAACAAGAGUCUUCUUUAUAAGGUGCCAGUUUAUGUUUACGUUUGAUGCUACUAGUGCAUCAUUUGCUUCACCACGAAUUUUUCUACUAAUUGUUUUACAGAUCACAUGAAACUUGUUUCUUUUUUCGAUCGAGCUAUUCUGGUUUGGUGCAUAGAGUUUAACUAAUCCUUCUGCGUCGCGAAUCCAAAUGUUUAACUCACUAGGAUCUCCUGUAAAGAUGGGUAGAUCUUUCACUAAGUCUGGAAUCUUUUCAAUAGAAUCCGGAUAAAUGGGGGAACCAUUCGCGUUUGUCAAAUACAAUGGGGGAUCAGAGGUAUCGGUUGUGGCUUGAGGCGCAUUAGCAAGUUCUAGUGCGGAAAUUCUAUCAAGGAGGGCUUGGAGUUGGUUUGGCUCCAUUUCUAAAUUAAAUCUUUCAAAUUGGUUUAUUAGAUCUUCAAUUUUGUAUUUUUUAUUUAAAAACUUUCACUUUAUCACUUUUUAUAUAUCUACUUAUAUUUUGUAACUUUUCUGUUUUUUUUUUAUUGAUCACUUGUCACUUAUUUUGGUUGAUUUGAUUUAUGUUUUUCACUAGUAUUAUUUUAUUGGUACUUACAAAUAAAUCACGAACAUCGCACGGUAUGCCGUUCGACUGCGGGAUUUGGUAUCUCAACUCCUGGGUCUUCAUCGGAAGGACGUUGAAGAUUCGGGAUCGCGUGUCCGUUGGUAUGAAAUCCUAUUACCUCCUUUUACCCAACUCCGCCGGGUACGGUAGAGACUCGUUGGGUUGGGACCAGAAGCGUGUCUUCUUCCUUCUCAGUACGGUAUCGUGAUCCUUUUCAGCCAGAGCGAGUGGUUAGCCGUCCUGGUCUACUGGUGGCGCUGGCGAUCCGGAUAAGAUUCGGAGUGAAGUCAGGCGUUGUGAUAUCAACAGAUCACUGGUUCCUGGUGAUAUGGUGUUUCUUUCGACUUAGCGUCCACGCAACUCUAACGUUGGAUCAACUAAGUUGUCUCUAAAUCACUUUAACUUCACUUUUUACUUGCACUACUCCUGGUCCCUAUUCGGGCGCCAGUUAAUAAAUCUACCUAAGGUUCUACUAAAAAAAAUAUUUUAUUGGAGCUUGCUUGCUUCUUUAUUAUUAUUAUAUCACUUAAGACUAAUUUACAAUUUUACUUAUAGCUAAAAGGAAGGUUCCUGAUGUUUAUGUUUAUGCUGAUAAUAUUGACUCUGCUUUUGGGUGGUCCGUUGCAGUUCUGAGUUUUUGCAAUCUAUAUGGUUUCCGAGAAAGUGCUGACUAUGACGUAAACAAAGAGAUAGCUGUCGCAUGGUGUGAACGUGGGAUUUGGCUGAUAAGGCGGUUGUGGCGGGAGCGGGUCGCGCCGUUGCUAACUCUCCUUUCAAGAGGCUCGGAAGCCUCCUUUCAAGAGACUCGGAAGCCUCCUUUCAGGCCUUAAAGCCCCAAACGCAAUACAAUGGAAUGCGACGCAAACGGAAAAUUUGACAGUUAGCCCAUUUAUUUUCUGUCAUAUUUUCCGUUUCCAUCGCCAUUCCUCUGAAUUGCGUUCGGGGUUUUAGCUUUUACUGUCAAAUCCUGCCGUUUCUGUUGCCUUUCCGCUUCUUUGCGGUUGUUCUUACAACCGUUUUUUUCUACCCUGGAUUCACCAUACCAUUUUACUAUUAUAUCGUAUACAACAUGUGAAAAACAAUUAUCAUCCUGAUGUACACAAAAUAGAAACAUGUAUUUACGGGAACGCUGAAAGCGAUCUGUUUGAAUUCAAACAAAAAAAAACACUUAGAGUUAUCUGUAGCCCUAAUGAAGAAGUCAAUGCAAAAGGAAACAACACGUUGAUUAAGUUUUAGCAUUAUGAACCAAAGUUGUGUUUAUUUUUGUAUAUUUAAGAUUUUACCUUUUUGAGUGUAGAAAAUGUUUCAAGGGAAAAAAAACUAAUUACUUUUUUAUCUUUUGAAAAAGCAAAGAAUAUGUUUUUAUACUUAUAGAGUGCAUGGGGAUUAGGGAGCCUACGACGAAAUUAAACCAGAACUUACAAGGUAAAUCACAAACAUUAAAAAGUCAAGGAGAUUAUUCAUUUUGUUCAGAUAACGAACAUGUGACUUGUUAUUAAGAUUAUCAACCAGAGACAUGUCAUCAAAAUAGCUUUAUAACAUGUCACAAGCCCUUAGUUUCACGAUAGUAAAACAGUAAAGAUUCAACAAUAACAAAUCAAAGAUAGGAGAUUAACGUAGGAAUGCAAUCUAUAUAAUACUUCGAACAUGUAGCUAAAACGAGAAAAAGAACUUGAGAUUUCUAUUCCUUGAUCCAAAGCCGAUAAUUCAUGUCGAAAUUAACUUUAAUAUAGUAACAUCGAAUUUCUUCUACAGCUACUGUAGGGAAGAGGCGACAGAGCAACAAAUAAAGGUAAUAUGAAAAGAAUAUUUUUCCCUGUUAUGUGAAAGUACCUAAUAAAACCUGUAAAAAUAAAAAGAAAUGAUAUGCAAAACGAGGGUAAUGUAAGUUACAAAAUGAUAAUUUUCAGUGAGAGUUAGUUUUUAGCAACUUUAGCAUAAACGAUUUAUCAAAAGAGAAAUAUUCGCUAAAAUAUCGCAUAGAACCUGUGCACGAUCUCUAUCCUUACAACCAUGUUGGACUCAGAAACGAACCAGAGCAGCUAUUUCUAAAUAAUCUGAGGUCGAAAGAAUAAUCGAACACCAUCUAUUGAGCACACAGCAGAAGUUAUUUAACAAAUGCUUGAAUAAAAAUUAACAGUGCGUGUAGAGAAAUCAAAUUUAUGAAACCUUCCGUUCCCUGAUAUUAUUAGCAAAUUGCACACUUUAUUGUUAUGAAGUAGUCACAUAGCUCAUUACAAUUUGAUACUUCAAACUUCAACAAAUCUACAGCUUCAUUGUUUGUUUUGUUCAUCUACCAGCAAUAAUACCAGAUUAAAUGAAAUCAGUCGACAUUAGAGGAAAAAUCAAAAUGCUUAGCAUACACGCACGUGUCUUUUCGUGUUACAACAAACUUAGAGCGACACAAUUUUGCUAGAAAAUCAACCUUUUUGUAGGGCCCAAUUGCAAACGGCAGUUUUGUACUUAGUUUCAAUGUAGCAUUUUUAAACAGGAUAUGUCACUCUUUAUUUAUGUGUUUAUUUGUUUACAGCUGGUGCGUAGCCUGCGUUUGUCAUUUCCAUAAAAGAGCUGUCACUUGACGAUAGAAUCAGCUGAUCCAAAACGAUUCAUCAAAAUGCCAAUAGUCAGAAUUAAAUUUGGUGUGGGGCACAGGGAUUCGUGUAGAUGGUGAGAUAGUGACAUCCAAAACAUUUUCGAAAAAUAUGCAUUCUGUAGAUACCUUUCGUGAAUAAUUUAUCUUGCUACUUGAUCCCAGAGAACAGAAAUAUAUAUAAACAUAAUCACAUUCAA